AGAAACCCCGGGUAAGGGGAGGGAGACUCGGGCGCCUGGAUUGAGAGGCGGAGGGUGGCGGACUGACCCGGCAGGUGGCGGCUGCGGGAAGAUGGCGGAGCUGCGCGCGCUCGUGGCUGUCAAGAGGGUCAUCGACUACGCCGUGAAGAUCCGGGUGAAGCCAGACAGAACGGGCGUGGUCACGGAUGGCGUGAAGCACUCCAUGAACCCCUUCUGCGAGAUCGCCGUGGAGGAGGCUGUGCGGCUCAAGGAGAAGAAGCUGGUGAAGGAGGUCAUCGCCGUCAGCUGUGGGCCUGCGCAGUGCCAGGAGACCAUCCGUACCGCCCUGGCCAUGGGCGCAGACCGAGGCAUCCACGUGGAGGUGCCGGCUGCAGAGGCCGAGCGCUUGGGUCCCCUGCAGGUGGCCCGGGUCCUGGCCAAGCUGGCAGAGAAGGAGAAGGUGGACUUGUUGCUUCUGGGCAAGCAGGCCAUCGAUGAUGACUGUAACCAAACGGGACAGAUGGUGGCUGGAUUUCUGGACUGGCCACAGGGCACAUUCGCCUCCCAGGUGACAGUGGAGGGGGGCAAGUUGAAAGUGGAACGGGAGAUUGAUGGGGGCUUGGAGACCCUGCACCUGAAGCUGCCUGCUGUGGUGACUGCUGACCUGAGGCUCAACGAACCCCGCUAUGCCACGCUGCCCAACAUCAUGAAAGCCAAGAAGAAGAAGAUGGAGGUGAUCAAGGCUGGGGACCUGGGAGUGGACUUGACCUCCAAGAUCUCCGUGGUCAGCGUGGAGGACCCGCCCCAGCGCACGGCCGGCGUCAAGGUAGAGACCACCGAGGACCUGGUGGCCAAAUUGAGGGAGAUCGGGCGGAUUUGAGCUCCUCCCUGAAACUGACAAUAAAACGUGAUUUUCCCAGC